AUGCCGCCGCAGCGCGAGCCCCCGAGGCCACCACCACCGGCCGUCAUCGAGGCUGAGAUGCAAUGGAUCUUCACAGAAGAAGAAUUACUUUUGGCGCCGUCCAUAAUCGAUGGAAUGCCCGCUGAAGAGGAGCGCACACUACGGCGGAAGGGCGUCGGCUUCAUAUUACAAGUGGGCAUGAUGCUCAAGUUACCGCAAACCACUCUUAGUACAGCGGCAGUCUUUUUCAAUCGCUAUCUCAUGCGAAUGAGCUUGAAGCCACGGCCUGGGUAUAAGCCACUCCACCACUAUCAAAUCGCCGCAACGGCGCUAUUCCUUGCAACGAAAGUCGAAGAAAACUGCCGCAAAAUGAAAGAACUCGUCGUCUCAUGCGUUCGAGUCGCGCUCAAAGACCCCAACAAGCUCGUCGACGAGCAGACAAAAGACUUCUGGAAAUGGCGGGACACUAUCCUGUACAGCGAAGACGUCUUACUCGAGGCUCUAUGUUUCGAUCUUAACGUGGAAUCACCAUACAAGACCAUGUACGACAUGAUGAAGUACUACGGCGUAGAGCACAACAAGAAACUGCGCAACUCGGCCUGGGCUUUCCUUUCCGACUCGACAUCCACACAGAUGUGUCUACUGUUCACAUCGCGGGCCAUCGCCGCCGCAUCUUUGUACGCUGGCGCGCGCAUGGCCGAGGUAGAGCUAGGCGACGAUGAUGGCAAGCCUUGGUGGGAAAUACAACAUGUCCAACUGCGCGACAUCAGAAGGGCAUGUAACCUCAUGGCAGAUCUCUAUGAGAAGUCGCCAGACAAAGAUGGGGAGCCGUCCAUGUACGCGGGCCUCAGGACACCAGAGGACGGCAUCGAUUUUGGCGAUACACCCGAGGGUAUGGAAGGCGUACAGUCGACAAGUCAAAGCCAGCAGCCUGCGAAUGGUACGGGUGAUGGUAACGUGACAGAAAGAGGCAGCGAAGAGGGUGAACUAGAUGGUUAG